UUCUCCAACCACAGGGGAACUCCUUAGUUGAGUGAAGAAGGUGUGUUCAUUUUAGAGCUUCAAGCUUCCUGCCUUCCCCCUCUGUGUUUUUAGUCAGUGGACUGGCCCGAGGUGGAGGGGAGCAGUUGGAGGGGAGGUUAGAAGAGGAGAGAGUGAGAACAGCAUUUUGAAACCCAGCUGAUCAGAGCUGUGGUAUUCUGCCACAGAGGCAGAGGUAGAUUGAGCGUGACUGGAAAAAGAGAGAAGAGAAGAUAGAGAGAGCAGCUGAAAGCUGUGCGAUUUUGGGACUGAGAAUAUACAAAGAGAAAAGGAGAAAAGAAAUGUCUCCUUCUUUUCAUGGGAAUCUGGGAACUCAAGUGAACAGAGGGGCUCUGUGGAAAGAUGUGAGAGCUGCUGGCAGGGUGCAAGUCUGAAGAAGAAACACACAGAAGAGGAUCAGUCAGGCCCUGGAAACUAGUCCAGUGAAUCCUUGAGUCAUCAGAGGGUUCUAAUAACCCCCUGUGGAAGGAAGGAGUGAUGUCUUGGCUGUCACCCGUGUCAUGGGCCAAAUGGACGUGGACGGCAGUGCGAGGGGGUGAGGGAGAGGAAGAUGAAGAGGGGCAGGAGGCCAGCGAGGAGAGGGAGCAACAUGGAGAGAGAGGAGAGGAAGAGGAGGAGGAGGAGAGAUGUCAAGGCUGCAGCUCUGACUCAGAGGGUCAGUUUGACACUCCUGAAGCAGCAACUCCUGUUCGCGCCCCUCCGACCUUCCCAGGAGAGCUGGAGAACAAUAACACUGAUGCAGACAAAACAGAUGUGGAUCAGGAGGAGCACCUGAUAGUGACAGCUCCUGUUUGGGAUCAGGAUAUUUUGUUCAACCACAACAUGGGUCAGGACGAGCCUGCUGCCCCCAUGGGUGGCCCACUGGAAGUGAACAUUCAGACCCUGGAAGAAGAACAAACAGAGACUCUCCCAGAAGCCGUGGGCACUUUCCCUGCGUCAUCCUUAGUGAAGGAAACGUCUGAAGUGGCUAAGUGCACAGCGCCAUCCUCUGAGCUACUCCAAGCCCUAGUCCCAAGCGAAGUUGCACAUCCUGUCCCAGAUAUGCCACCAGCUCCUGCUCCCACUCCUGCUUAUCUUGCAUCUGCUCCAACAACAGAAUCAGAGUCAGUCCAGAGCAGUGGACCUGCAGCCAGCCAAGCUCCAGAGCUCCCUGAGCAGAAACCUCUUGCGGAACCAGAACCACAGUGCAAUGGCCUUAACCAGACAGAGCCCACUCAAAAGACUAAAACCAGCAAGUCUAAGCCUCCAGCCCUGAAGGUAAAGGCCUCGCUCGAUGAGCUUGCCCAAAAAAAUGAGGAACAAGAACUUCCUGUUCCCAAAGCCACUUACAAAUUUGACCCUGACCAGCUGGAUGACAGCUUUAACCCUUUCACCAGUGGCGGCUCCAAAAUCCAAAACUCUCCCCCACCAUGUGGUUCAAGCUCUUCCCUAAGACUCGAGCCACUCGGUGGCUCAUUUCCUGUCUGUGAGGUCAGCCCAGCACCUACAGCAGAAGUGGAGAUGAGGGAGACGUCAUCAGAGGCGAAGUCUGUGAUGUUGGAGUUCGGUCUGGACGAGGGGACAGUCAGCAAGCCACGUCCGAGGAAGUUAGGUGGUAAAAAGACAAUCAACAAACUCACAGCUAAGAAGCAGAAGCCCAAAGAACCAGAGGCUUCCUGCAAACCUGCAUCAGAAACUACAGUGUCAGAACCAGUUUCUCAACCAGUGUCAGAACCAGUUUCUCAACCAGUGUCAGAACCAGUUUCUCAACCAGUGUCAGAUCCAGUUUCAGAUCCUCUUCCAGAAGCUGCUUUGCCAGUUUCAGACUCUACUGCACCUCUGAGCCUUGACGAUGUUCCUAUUCCUAAGACGGGAGCAUAUAACUUCGAUCCCAGUCAGUGGGACGACCCGAACUUCAAUCCGUUUGGUAGCAACAGCACGAUGAGCAGCUCUCCAGUGCUCCCUAAGAGCUCCUACAGUUUUGAUCCAGACAAUUUUGAUGACUCUGUGGACCCUUUUAAAUCCUCCAAAACCCUGAGCACAGAGGACUCGUCCAGUAGCGUCCCUCAGCCGGAGAAAAAAGUAAAAGACGGAGGCAAACAAAAGGCAGGGCACCCGGCAGGGGAGAAGAAAGUAAGGCAGAUUCCCAAGGCAAGCAAAGAGAGGACAACCACGAAUUCCUGUAAAGUUCAGAGAUAUGAUGAGAGCCAGUCCUUGGUGCUUGACGUGUGCAAUCAGGGGGAGGAUGAGGUGGUGGUCCAGACCCCAGACAUCACUCAGCGAGUUCAUCACGCCACUGAUGAGGAGAAGCUGGCCUCCACCGGUAUUAUCGGCCAAACAACAGACGACCAGGAGGAGAGAGGAAAACCCGAGUGCAAUAAAGCCCCAGCAGAAAAACUGCCGAUCAGUGAUGUAUCUGUUAUGGAUGGUCCCAAGACUAAGACUGCAGAUCACCUGGAGGAGAAGGACACCUGCAGUCUGAAAGAUGACAUAAGUGAGAUAUCAAUUAAUCAAACAACAAAGGUGACCAGCAGCGAGGGCUCGGACACAGCAGCCCUGUCCCAGGAUAACAUACCUCUGAGUGAGUUGGACAAGGCCACAGUGCUCACCCUGAUCAGAGAAGAGAUCAUCACUAAAGAGAUUGAGGUCAACGAGUGGAAGAGGAAGUACGAGGAGAGCAGAGCCGAGGUUUUGGAGAUGAGGAAAAUAGUUGCAGAAUAUGAGAAAACAGUUGCACAGAUGAUCGAGGACGAGCAGCAGCAGAAGACCUUAUCCUGCAGUAAGUCAGUCAGGCAGUUGACCAUAGAGAGAGAUCAGGCCAUGGCUGACCUCAGCUCUGUGGAGCGCUCCUUUGCUGACCUCUUUAGGAGGUAUGAGAACAUGAAGGGAGUCCUGGAGGGCUUCAAGAAGAAUGAGGAGGUGCUGAAGAAGUGUGCGCAGGACUACCUGAUGCGGAUCAAGCAGGAAGAACAGCGAUACCAAACCCUCAAGGUGCAUGCUGAAGAGAAACUGGACAAGGCUAAUGAGGAGAUAGCCCAGGUACGUGCUAAGGCCAACGCUGAGGGUGUCGCACUAAGCGCUGGCCUGAGGAAGGAGCAGAUGAAGGUGGAGUCACUUGAAAGAGCUGUCCUACAAAAGAAUCAAGAGAUUGAGGAGCUCACUAAGAUCUGCGAUGAACUGAUCGCCAAACUGGGGACAGAAUAAGGGGCCUUUAAUCAAAUCUCACUGCAACAUUGAUGUAAAUUCUGUACAUGUUCACACUUGCACACAUGUUAACCUUUCUUUCUCUCUGCUCAUAUGGUUUGGUUCUUUUUAAAUAUUAAUACAGAACACAGAACUUGGUCUUCUGAUCUUUUGCGACCGAAAUAUGAAACCAGAACAAUAUUGUGUAAUCGUGUCAUGGCAGGUGAAGAAGCACAAAGUUAUCAUGAGAUGUAGAUUAAUUAUUUUGAAGGAGAAGCGCCAUGGUUUAUUGAUCUUUGUUUUUUUUUAUUAUUUUUAAGUCAAAUUUUUAUGGUUCGGAAGAUUCAUCAGUUUUUACUAGUUUGUUGUAUUACAAAGGAUUUCCAUUAACAUGUUAUGCAGCUUGUUUAAGACAAAACUGUAGAAAAUAAUGUGGGAAGUAAGGGAAAGACGAUGUGGGCGCACAGCGCAGACAUCUUUUACCACAGUGCAUCUAAACUAUAAUUAACUGUGUUGAUGAUAUGGUUUUGACAAAUCUCUAUUGAGUGCCUGAGAUGAUCAUAGUGCAUUAGUUUUCUGGCCUAUACAUAUUUCUUGCUGACUUUGUAAUACUGCUGGUUAUCUUCUUUCAUCAGUAAAUGAACUGUAAUAUUAUGGAAUAUUUCUUAUGUUGCCUUUGUGUUUGCUUCACAGGGUAACAUAAACAACGUGCGAUAGAAGUUAAAGUUGUCCCCCCCCCC